AUGGCAUCUUACCCAGAGAAUGUCGGCAUUAAGGCCAUGGAGAUCUAUGUCCCAGCCCAGUGUCUGGAUCAAAUCCUCUUCGAGAAACACCAAGGUGUCUCAGCCGGCAAGUACACCAUCGGACUGGGACUCAAGUGCAUGAAUUACUGCACCGAUAGAGAGGAUGUUUGCUCUCUAGCACUAACAGCCGUGUCCUCCCUCCUCAGGAAAUACAGCAUUGACCCCAACUCCAUCGGUCGUCUCGAAGUAGGCACGGAAUCCCUGAUCGACAAGGCCAAGUCCAUCAAGUCCGUUCUUACAACCCUCUUCGAGCCUUCCGGCAACACAAGCAUUGAAGGUAUUGACACUAUUCACGCCUGCUACGGCGGAACUAAUGCUCUCUUCAACGCUAUAAACUGGGUCGAGUCCCGGUCCUGGGACGGGCGAGACGCCAUCGUCGUAGCAUCCGACAUUGCCCUCUACAAAGAGUCUUCCAGUCGUCCUACCGGUGGUGCAGGUUGCGUUGCCAUGCUCGUGGGCCCCAACGCGCUCCUCUCCCUGGACCAUAGCAUUAGAGGAGUCUAUAUGACACACACGUACGACUUCUACAAACCAGACCUCAAAUCAGAGUUCCCUCUCGUCAAUGGCCAUGAAUCAAUCACUUGCUAUAUCCGCGCCCUGGACGGAUGCCACAAGGACCUCCUCCGUCGCAGAAGCGCGAACAACAAGAACGUCGAGAAUGUCCUCGACCUCUUCGACUACAUGGCCUUCCAUACUCCAAACUGCAAGCUAGUCAGCAAGUCGUACGGUCGACUCAAAUAUGACGACCUUCUACACCAGUCGAGCUCGAACCCAGACACAGAUCUGACUGCAAUCCCACCUGAGCUCCGCACCCUGACCUACGAAGAAUCCCUCAAAGACAAAAAUCUAGAGAAGACCCUUGUAGCUCUGACAAAAGAUCAGUUCAAGAAACGGGUCGAGCCAUGCAUCGCUGCGCCCUCUUUGUGUGGAAAUAUGUACACAGGCAGUCUCUAUUGCUCACUCAUCAGCUUGAUCAGUAAUAUCGAUCUUGCCACUGCGGAGGGGAAAACUAUUGGCAUGUUUAGUUACGGCAGCGGUCUAGCCAGCACUCUCUUCGCCUUCAAAGUAACCGGCGACCUAAACCCCAUGGUUGAGAAAAUCGAUCUCAUGAACCGCCUGAAUCAGAGACAUAUCGCUACGCCCGAGGAAUAUGAAGAGGCCUGUACACUCCGACUGAAAGCCUACGGAAGCAAUGACUAUACUCCAUCUGGAGACAUAGCCUCCCUAGCACCGGGAACAUACUACUUGGAGAAAAUUGAUGAGGUGUAUCGGCGGACUUAUGCUAUCAAAUCUUGA